GGGGGGCGGAAUGAGAACCUCGGAGGAGCCUCCAGCAUCAUGGAGCCGCGCAUUGCAGACACCCACCGGCGGAGGACCACAACGGCAACUUUUCGGAUCUAUUUUAUCCACCUGCUGUAAAACGUCACACUUGUGAGCUUCUCUCCCAAAGAGAGAAAUUUGCUUCGGGAAUGAAAUGUCAUUUAAAAAAGCGUCCUGAGAAUCAGUAUCUGCUACUGAACUUAUAACAAGCAGGUGACCGAGAUAUCCGACAGCGGCAAAAAUGUUUUACGGUUCUUCAUCUGGGGCAAGCAUGUCCCUGCCCUCCAAGAGCCGAAUGAAGCGCCAGAGCAGGACCUUUACGCAGGUCCUGUACCGCACGCUGAGCUACCGUGACCGCGUCCCAGCUGAAGCGGGAACAAACACCCGCAGCGACCGGCGCUCGACGACCGAGCGACCGGAGGACGACCCGGCAGAGCUCUCCACCCAAAGCUCAGCGCCAGGCGUCCUGAAGAUUUUCGGCGACGAGAUCUGCGCCGGCGCCAACUACAAGAGCGUCCUGGCCACGCCCCGCUCCAGCGCUCAGGAGCUGGUCAAGGAGGCUCUGGAGCGCUACUCGCUCAACAAGGACGGCGCCCACUCGUACGUCCUGUGCGACGUGAUUGGCCGCCUCGAGGGGGUCGGCGGCGUGUGGCGGACCGAGUGCCUCCGGGCGCUCGGCGACAACGAGAAGCCGCUGCUGUUGCAGGAGUUGUGGAAGCCGCGAGAAGGACACGCGCGACGCUUUGAGCUACGCAGGAGAGCUGAGGUGGACGAACUCAACGCCAAAGAGAAGGACACCAUCACGGCUGGGCCCAAAGCCCCCCAGUUCCUGGUGGCUCUAAUGGGUCGCAUGCACAGGAGCUCCCCUCUGCGGUCGGCUAGGGCGGCUCAGUCGGGCUCGAAAGACAUCAACGCUCAGGCCCGCAAGCUGCAAAGGAACCGAGCCAAGGGGGCUCUGACCUUGCCUCGCUCCGGCAGCUCGUCCCUGUGUCGCAGCCUCAGCGAGACCAGCCUCGACCAGUUGGCGGUGGGAGACGAGCCCAAGCGCUACUACUCCACUCUUCCGGGGCCUUACCGGGGCCGAGAGGCGACGUCCGGCGGGCGGCGCCAGGAGGAUGGUGUGCGCCACUCCCUCUACCAGUCGCCGCACCUUCUGUUGCUUCAAGGGUACAACAAACAGGACUGCCUGGUGUACCUGUUAAACCGCGACCAGCACACGGUGGGCCAGGAGACGCCGUCCGCUCGCCCCAACAUCUGUCUGUUCUCGCCCGACAUCCUGCCGCUUCACUGCCGCCUGCGCCGCGUGCCCGCCCCGCGCCAUCACGCCAAGGGGGACGAGCCGGAGCGCUCGUCCCGUGUGGCGGUGGAGCCCGUCCACGACGCCGCCGUGCUGGUCAACUUUUCCCGCUGCGAGCGCUCUACCACGCUACGUCACGGCGACUUGCUCUCCUUCGGCGCACACUAUAUCUUCCUGUACAAGGACCCCACGGGCGCCAAGCCUCUGCCCGCCCAGACCCUGGCACGCCUACGCAGCCUGGGCCAGCUCUACGAGGCCGGGCCGGAGGAGGGCGGCGCGUGCAAGGUGUGCGGGUCGGCGCUCAAAGACAGGGCGGCCGCCGUGACGACGACGGCGCGGCGCGGCUUCGGGCCGCACCCCGUCAAAGCUCGCGGCGGUGGGACGGCGACCGGGACGGAGGGAGGAAGAGGAGGCCAGAAGAGGAAGCUCCAAUUGGAGUUUGAGCCCGCUCACGAAGACCAGCUGCUCAACCGUAUCAUGUCCCUCAUUGAACCUGGAGGCGACGACCACAAGCUGACCCCGGCGUACCUUUUGUGUUUGUGCAUACAACACUCGGCCUCCGCAUUCCCGCCGGGAAGCUUCGGAAAAUUGCUGCUGAAGAUCGUCCGUCGGAUCCAGACGGUGGCCUGGGAGAAGACGAAGGAGUUAGCUCAGAAGCAAGCUCAGCACCAGGACCCUGCAUCGCUAUCGCUGCUCAAUAUCUCGGACCUGAUCCCGGACUUGCAGACCAUCUUCUUCUGGAUGUCCAACUCCAUCGAAAUCCUGUACUUCAUUCAGCAGAGGGCACCUUCAUACACGCACAACAUGGAGACGCUGCAAGGCUCAAAGGAGUCCCUGCUGUCGGCGACCAUCUCUGCCAAUGAGGAGGCCAUGAGUAUCCUGGAGGAGGUCAUCAUGUACACCUUCCAGCAGUGCGUCUACUACAUCACCAAGGCUCUUUACGUGGUGCUGCCGGGUCUGCUGGACUGUAAUCCGUUCCCGGUGGACAGCACGGAGCCGUGCUGGAAAGGAGGUGUCGGAUUCCCGGAGCCCGUACGCAGGGUCCUCCGGGUGUUCCAGAGCGCCCAGGAGCUGCUGCAGGGCUACCGAGUCCACCCGGAGAUCCAGGCGCAGAUGUUUGCCUACCUCUUCUUCUUCUCCAACGUGUCGCUCUUCAACCAGCUGAUGGACAAAGGUCCAUCUCGUGGCUGGUUCCAGCGUUCCAAAGUCCUGCAGAUGCAGGCGUGUCUGCGGAUGGUGUCGGAAUGGGCCCGCGAGUCGGCCUUGGGACAUCUGCUGGACAAAUUCUUCACCAAAGUCAACGGUGCCAUCGCCAUCCUCGCUACACCACCGCAGCAGCUCACGCAGAUGAGCUGGCGAGUGUUGUCUGGCGAGCACUCGUCCCUGAAGCCGGUGCAGCUGCACAGGAUUCUAACCCAGUACCAGAUCACCGCAGAAACCGGACCCGUGGCCGUGUGGCAGCCCGGCAGCGAAGAUGAGGCCUACAUCUACCGCACAGUGGACCUCCUGGAGAGCUUCGAGAACCACCCUCCCGUCGUGCUGCCCAGCGGCGGCUUCGGCGUGGACCUGGAUGGCGAACGCGUGGAGGACAGCGUCUACCGACAACUGCUCUACGUACGACACUUCUUGUGGGGCCUGCGCGCCAAGACGCACGCUAACACUAACACCACGUAUGCUAACGGCAACAACAACAACGCAGCUGACGUUCAGAAGGAGUUGCUGCCCCCGCCCUCGAUGCACGGUAGUCCCUGCUCGGCCCCCGGCGACGGCGAGGAAGAAAACGGCCGUAGUCAAGCGGCACACAGUCUCCGGAGGAACGGGGGCGCUGUCCAUCACCACCACCAUCAUCGUCAUCACCAGCAGCACCCGCAUGCCAUGGGAGGGAGCGGCGGAGGGGGGGCAGCCCCGCAGAUGAACGGAUGCGGCAAGAAGGCCAACGGACUUAUUGCUAAUGGCGUGGAAGGCUGUGUUAGUAGUGGGUGUGAGUUCCCCUUCCCCGUUUCCUCCUCCCCCGGCGUCCCCCCUCUCCCUGCUGACAUGUGUGUGGUGUUUGUAGUGGAACUGGACAAAGGACCAUACGGACUCGGCAUGGGACUCAUCGACGGCCUGCACACGCCGCUCAACGCCCCGGGCAUCUACAUCCGCACGCUGAUCCCCGAGGGGCCGGCGGCGUCCGAUGGCCGGCUGAGGAUCGGCGAUCGGAUCCUGGCCGUCAACGGGACCAGUCUGAUAGGAGCCGACUACCAGAGCGCGGUGGAUCUGAUCCGCCUGGGAGGAGGUCGCCUCCGCUUCCUGGUGGCCAAGUCGGACCCGGAAGUUUCGGAAAAGAUCAGCGCGUCGUCCUGUUGACGGACGGAUGCACGGACCUGGCCGCCAAUCCAACCGCAGAUGUCCAGUAUGGAAACUAGUGACAUAUCAAUAAUCGUUUACAGGCUGGCGCGUAUGUAAAUAUUGUUUGUAAAGAACCCAUCGCUCGCUGAUUGGUCAAUUGGCUGAAGCUCAGCCCAGUUUUGUUCGUGAUAAACCAACAUGGAUGACGGCGAUGAUGUCAUCACCAUGGGACACUUGAACUGUUGUUGGUCUUUUGAUUCCGUUUUUAUUGUUUGGACCCCGGCACGGUUUUUUUCAAGCAUGUGUAUCCUGAUGAAAACUUAGUAGCGCCCCCUGGAAUGUUACUUUAAAAAAAAAAAAAUCAGCCCCUGACACCAGUUCCACCAAUCGAUCCGAAAUUAGGUGGACAUAUCAUCCAUGACGGGACGCACAAAGAACUCUCAAGGACCCAUGCCCAAAAUUGAAGCGGAAGUCUGCCGUUUUGGGCAUAUUCGCUCAAUAGCAACCCCUGGAAGGUUGGGGAAUUUCUUUUUUUGCCUCCGACACCAGUUUUAGAGCUUGAUGUGAAAUUAGCGGGACAUGUCAAUCGUGACUGGAUGCUCCCAAAAAAAGUCUCAAGGAUCUAUGCCUGAAAUUGAACAGCAAGUCUGCUUUUUUUUGCUUUGGGCAAAUUCUUCUUUGACAAACAAAAGCACAUAUCCUCGGACACACGGACAACGCUAAAUUGCGAAGAUUUCUCUCUCUCUACGUUUUCUAAUGUGAGUCAAGCAUGGCAUCAAACUUUUUGGAACAUUAUUAACGAGGGCCAGUCCAUUGCUGUUUGCAGCUUUAAUUCGACUUCUUUACAUGAUAAAACAUUUCCAAGUGUGUGAAUGUUUCCCUUUUUUUGGCAUCCUUUUCCACUCCCGACCAUAUCCGGAAAUGCAAAUCAAUACUUCUGUUGGGUCACACUGGGAAGUAUGCCGAGUAAACAAGACAAUAAAGGUGUUUGAAGUCAA